GGGGGGGCAGGGCACAAAAUGGCGGCGGCGCCGCGCCGGUAGCAUCGCCAUGGAGGCGGAGGGGGGACCGGGGGGGCCGGGGGAGCGCUGGGCGCCGGUGGGCGCCGUGACAGCGGAGGAGGAGGAAGAAGAGGAGGAGGAAGGAGAGGAGGAGGAGGAGGAGGCGGCGGGGUCGCCGCGGUCGGUGCCGCGGUUGCGGGCGGAGCGGCGCCGGUUGCACGGGGCGCUGCUGGCGCUGGCCUCGCAUUUCGCUCAGGUGCAAUUCCGCCUGAGGCAGGUGGCGAGGGCCGGGCCGGGAGAGCAGCAGCGCCUGAUCCGGGAGCUCGAGGAUUUCGCCUUCCGUGGCUGCCCCGCGCCCCUCGCCCACGGUCUCGGGGACGGCCCGAGUGAACAGGAGAAGCAGGAGCGAAUUGAGGUGCAGAAGGAAAAGCAGAGAGAGCUGAUCUUGCAGCUUAAGACACAGCUGGAUGACCUGGAGACGUUUGCUUACCAAGAGGGCAGCUAUGACUCUCUGCCACAGUCUGUGGUUAUGGAAAGACAACGGAUGAUUAUAGAUGAGCUGAUAAAGAAGCUGGACAUGGACUUGAGUGCGGACAUUGCAACGCUCUCUCCAGAGGAAUUGCGACAGCGUGUGGAUGCUGCCAUAGCACAGAUUGUUAAUCCGGCCAGGGUGAAGGAGCAGCUGGUGGAACAACUGAAGACGCAAAUAAGGGACCUUGAAAUGUUCAUCAACUUCAUUCAGGAUGAAGUCGGAAGCCCUGGUAAGGCAGAAGAUGGACACUGUGAGUGCACAGGUAGAAAAGACAGUGGUGGCUCCUGUAAACCAAAUACCCGGUCUUCUGGAAGCAGAGUGAACCCGGAAGACGCCAGAAAGAUGCGAGAAACGGGCCUGCACCUCAUGCGUCGCAUGCUUGCUGUGCUGCAGAUAUUUGCUGUUAGUCAGUUUGGUUGUGCUACUGGUCAGAUUCCUCGGUCCCUCUGGCAGAAAGACCAAGCCAACAAGGACUAUUCCCCCUUAAUUAAGAAACUGGAGCUGUCGGUAGACCGGGUGAGGCAGCUAGCCAUGAAACACCAGCAGGAAGACCACGUUAUCAGUUCCUCCGACCUGCAGGAUAUUCCCUUAGGAGGGAGAGAUGAGCUGACUCUGGCUGUGCGGAAGGAGCUGACCAUCGCUUUACGAGACCUGAUGGCUCACGGGCUCUACGCCUCUUCGCAAGGGAUGAGCCUGGUGUUGGCACCCAUCGCGUGCUUGAUUCCUGCGUUCACCUCCUCACCGCAGACGAUGCAUCCCUGGGAACUCUUUGUGAAGUAUUACAACGCUAAGAACGGACAAGCCUUUGUGGAGUCUCCAGCUCGCAAGCUCUCCCAGUCCUUUGCCUUGCCUGUGACAAGAGGAGUCACCAUCACCCCAAAACAGAGCCUGCUGACGGCCAUACACACUGUCCUCACUGAGCACGACCCCUUCAAGCGCAGCGCGGACUCGGAACUGAAAGCUCUGGUGUGUAUGGCGCUGAAUGAGCAGCGCCUGGUCUCCUGGGUAAAUCUCAUCUGCAAAUCCGGAGCUCUGGUACAAUCUCACUACCAGCCAUGGAGCUACAUGGCAAACACGGGCUUUGAGAGUGCGCUCAACAUCCUCAGUCGCCUGAGCAACUUGAAGUUCAACCUCCCAGUUGACCUGGCCGUCCGGCAGCUGAAAAACAUCAAAGAUGCUUUUUGAUGUAUUUUUAUUCUAGAUCAUCCACUUUCCACAAGUAGGCAGCUGUUGGGCUCCAGAAGCCUGGCUUUUUUUUUUUUUUUUAAGACCAAAUUUGGCUCUUUAAAAUUUAUAUCUGCUUUUAGGGAAAAUCUUACGGUGUCCUGAUGCUGGAGGUUGGGUGCAGUACAGCACCCCACCCUGCCCUCACUGCAGUUCUGAAUAGCAAAACGCUGCUGGGUGAGGGCUGACAUUCAGGCUGCUCCCUGCGGAAAUCCCAAAAACUCCUUUUUUUGAAGCUUUUUGUGCAGAGCCCGGAGCACCGGUGGUGCGGUGCUCCCUAGCGGCUGCGUUAAUCGCUUUGGCAAGCCUGCGCGGGGGGAAAACGCGUUUCCAGCUGCUCUGUUUUAAUUCUUGUCGGUUCCUAGCCUUCGUGCCGCUAGCGCGCUCGUUGACUUUUUGUGGUUAUUUAUAAUCAGAGUUUAAUUUAUCUGUAACUCCUGGGGGGGGGGGCGGGAGAAGGGAGGCUGUGCUUGGUGUAACGGCAGCACCUCUGGACGCGGGCUGCGAGCGGUUCUGAAAUGAAAUGGGUGAGCAAACGGCUGCCUCCGUGUCUGCCUUCGUGCCGGCCCCGCCGCCACCAGGGAGCACCGGGGGGCACCGGGGGAGGCCUUGAGGCCUACAGCAGGCCCGGGCCCGUUGCCUAGCAACCGCGGCGCCGCUCUGCGCAUGCGCAACCCUGUUCGCGGCGCCCUGAAGCGGAAGUGACGUCAGGUGAAAGGCCGGCGGGCUUCCUUUUCCGGUCUGGGCGCCAUCGGAGCGGCUGUGUCGAGAUGGGCAAGUUUAUGAAGCCGGGGAAGGUGGUGCUGGUGCUCGCCGGCCGCUACUCGGGCCGCAAGGCCGUCAUCGUCAAGAACAUCGAUGAUGGCACCUCCGACCGGCCCUACAGCCACGCACUGGUGGCGGGCAUCGAUCGCUACCCGCGGAAGGUGACGGCGGCGAUGGGCAAGAAGAAGAUAGCGAAGAGGUCCAAGAUCAAGUCGUUCGUGAAGGUUUACAACUACAACCACCUGAUGCCCACCCGGUAUUCCGUUGACAUUCCCCUGGACAAAACCGUUGUCAAUAAGGACGUGUUCAGGGACCCCUGCUCUGAAACGCAAAGCGAGGCGUGAAGCCAAGGUGAAGUUUGAGGAGAGGUACAAGACGGGCAAGAACAAGUGGUUCUUCCAGAAGCUACGAUUCUAAUCUUGUAAUAAGGCGGUGUCAAUAAAUGUUUAUUAAAAACCA